AUGGUCGCUACCUGUACUGACCAGCUGAAAGAAAGAAGUUACCUUAAUUUCACCCGGAGGCCGCUCUUCCACAUCUGCAUCCUGCUGAUGGUCUCUGUCCUGGGAGCUGCUCUUUUCUGCAUCGUGGCUCUUUCCAAAGCAACAACACUUUCAUCAGAACUGAGUGAAUUGAUUGAUGAGAGUCCAAAGCCACGAACGGGACAUGAUUAUGAAUUGUUCCCAUGCGAUCCUGACACUAGAGAAUGGGAAUACCACAAUGGAAAAUGCUACUACUUCUCCCUGCAGAAAACUAACUGGAUGCAGGCCAGGGAUGAUUGCGCUGUCAGAAAUUCAAAGCUGGUUGUCAUUGAUAGUAUGCCUGAACAGAAUUUCCUUAUGACCCGGACCAGGAAUGACCGUUAUUGGAUGGGCCUCACGGACAGAGAUACUGAAGGACUGUGGAGAUGGGUUGAUGGCAGCAGUUACUACUCGGGCUUCACGUACUGGAAGCCAGGGGAACCGAAUAACAGUGGGAACGAAGACUGUGCGCAUCUCUGGGGUUCUGGGGAAUGGAACGACGUCUAUUGCAGCUACCUGUGCUACUACAUCUGUGAGAAGCCCAUGCCGAGCGGGAAGCAGGGCAAGGGGACCUAAGCACGGAACCUCGCCCAGGCAGGCCUCUGAGGCUCAAUGGCCAGGCGCUGUGGGAUUUCCCCACACAGAAAUGUCACUUCCCUAAUAUAAUCAAAGAGGCGCUCUAAAGAUAACUUGAGUUUGAAAACCAUUUGACUACUUUUUGGUUAACUCCUGGCUGACGCUGAAGAUCCCUGCUAACUACUGUAUUCAAGAUUUCUUCUCUUUAAUUAUUUUGGCACCUCAGCAGCAGAUAUGCCAAAUGG